AUGAAACUUACGUUCAAGGAUCUCAAGCAACAGAAGUUCGUUAUCGAGGCCGAGCCCUCCGAGACGAUUGGGGACGUUAAGGCGAAGAUAUCUGCAGAGAAAGGCUGGGAGCCAUCGCUACAAAAGCUCAUCUACUCAGGCAAGAUCCUGCAAGAUGCGAACACGGUCGAGUCAUACAACAUCGAAGAGAAGGGCUUCAUAGUAUGCAUGGUCCAGAAGCCCAAAACUGCGCCAUCUCCAGCCAGCAAAGCAACGCCCUCGACUCCUGCGCCGGCAACAGCUCAAGCCCCUUCAACACCCGCAGCACCACCGCCUGCGCCCGCUCCAGCAACCGCGGAUGCUCCCGCUACUCCAUCACCCGCUCCGGCGGCAGCACCGCAGACUACUGGAAGCGCUCGGUUUGACGACCCCUCUACGCUGACAAUGGGCUCAGAGCGGGAAGCCGCCAUUGCCAACAUGGAGAGCAUGGGCUUCGCUAGAGCGGAUAUAGACCGCGCGAUGCGUGCGGCCUUCUUCAAUCCCGAUCGCGCUGUUGAAUACCUUCUGACGGGCAUACCCGAGAGCGCUCUUCGUGAUCAGAAUCCUCCUCAAGCUCCGCCGGCAGCCGCCGCCACAUCUCCACCCGCAGCGGCCGGUGCUGGUGCUACCGCUCAACCUGCAUCUGGUGGUGAUGCGCCACUGAACCUUUUCGAAGCCGCCGCACAAGCCGGACGAGGUGGACGCGGAGCCACUGGCGCACGGAGCGGUGCCGCAGCAGCAAAUGCCGGUGCUGCAGCGGGAGCGGCAGCGGGAGCUGCGCUUGGAGCUGGGAACCUUGAGUUUCUCAGGAAUAACCGAGAGUUUCAACAGCUUCGGCAAGUCGUGCAGCAGCAGCCGCAAAUGCUUGAGCCGAUCCUCCAGCAAGUUGGAGCGGGCAACCCCGCGUUGGCCCAGAUGAUCGCCAGCCAUCCUGAGCAAUUCCUACAGCUGCUGAGCGAGGAAGGCGAUGAGGAUACACGACUUCCGGCGCAGACCAUAAGCCUUUGCCGCCUUGGCUUUGAGCGGGAUCAGGUCAUUCAGGCGUACUUUGCGUGUGACAAGAACGAAGAGUUGGCGGCAAAUUUCUUGUUCGACCAGCCGGAUGACGAAGGCGAUUCGUAG